UGGUUGUGGUGCCAGUGUUCAGGGGCAUUGAAUGACUUUGUGCCCGCGUUUUGGGGGGUCGAUUUCAUUUCGGCAGGUGGCAAAUUUGCUGAAACAUGGAGGCUCUCAUCCCCGUUAUAAACAAGCUUCAGGACGUCUUUAACACUGUUGGGGCCGAUAUCAUCCAACUGCCGCAAAUUGCAGUUGUGGGAACACAGAGCAGUGGCAAGAGCUCGGUGUUGGAGAGCCUGGUGGGGCGGGACCUGUUGCCGCGGGGAACGGGCGUCGUCACGCGCCGGCCGCUCAUCCUGCAGCUGGUGAACGCGGACCCGGACGACCGCAGGAAGACGGGCGAAGAGAACGGAGUGGGCAGCGAGGAGUGGGGGAAGUUUCUUCACACCAAAAACAAGAUAUACACAGACUUCGACGAAAUCAGGCAAGAGAUCGAAAAUGAAACUGAAAGAAUAUCUGGCAGUAACAAGGGUAUCAGUGACGAGCCCAUUCACCUGAAGGUCUUCUCUCCUCACGUGGUGAACCUCACGCUGCUGGACCUCCCAGGAAUCACCAAGGUCCCGGUGGGAGACCAGCCCAAAGACAUCGAGCUGCAGAUCCGGGAGCUGAUCAUCAAGCACAUCAGCAACCCCAACUGCAUCAUCCUGGCGGUCACGGCCGCCAACACCGACAUGGCCACCUCCGAGGCGCUGAAGCUGGCCCGCGAAGUGGACCCCGACGGACGCAGAACCCUGGCCGUCGUCACCAAGCUGGACCUGAUGGACGCCGGGACGGACGCCAUGGACGUGCUGCUGGGCCGGGUCAUCCCCGUCAAACUGGGCCUCAUCGGCGUGGUCAACAGGAGUCAGUUAGACAUCAACAGGAAGAAGUGUGUGGCUGACGCUAUCCGGGAUGAGUUCGCCUUCCUGCAGAAGAAGUACCCCUCUCUCGCCAACAGAAACGGAACCAAAUACCUGGCCAGGACCUUGAACAGGCUGCUGAUGCACCACAUCCGGGACUGCCUGCCGGGGCUGAAGACGCGCAUCAACGUGCUGGCGGCGCAGUACCAGUCCCUGCUCAGCAGCUACGGCCAGCCCGUGGAGGACCACAGCGCCACCCUGCUGCAGCUCGUCACCAAGUUCGCCGCCGAAUACUGCAACACCAUCGAGGGCACCGCCAAGUACAUCGAGACGGCCGAGCUGUGUGGCGGGGCCAGGAUCUGUUACAUAUUCCACGAGACGUUCGGCCGGACGCUGGAGUCGGUGGACCCGCUGGGAGGACUCACCACCAUAGACGUGCUGACCGCGAUCCGGAACGCAACGGGCCCCCGCCCCGCCCUCUUCGUGCCUGAGGUGUCCUUCGAGCUGCUGGUGAAGAGGCAGGUGAAGCGUCUGGAGGAGCCCAGCCUGCGCUGUGUGGAGCUGGUGCACGAGGAGAUGCAGCGAAUCAUCCAGCACUGCAGCAACUACAGCACACAGGAGCUUCUGCGCUUCCCAAAGCUGCACGACGCCAUAGUUGAAGUGGUGACCUCCCUCCUCCGGAAAAGGCUGCCUGUGACCAACGAGAUGGUGCACAACCUGGUGGCCAUCGAGCUGGCCUACAUCAACACCAAGCACCCGGACUUCGCCGACGCCUGCGGACUGAUGAACAGCAACAUCGAGGAGCAGAGGCGGAACAGGAUGAGGGAGCUCCCCGCGGCCGUCCCGAGAGACAAGGGGGACCCGGAGGCCGGGGGCGGGGCCUGGAGGGGCAUGCUGAAGAAGGGGGAGGAGCCUCACGAGGACCGGGGCAAGGCCACGCCCCCUCUCCCCGCCAGCCCGCAGAAGGGGCACGCCAUCAACCUGCUGGACGUGCCGGUUCCAGUCUCCAGGAAGCUCUCGCCUCGGGAGCAGCGCGACUGCGAGGUCAUCGAGAGGCUCAUCAAGUCCUACUUCCUCAUCGUCCGGAAAAAUAUCCAGGACAGCGUGCCCAAGGCGGUGAUGCACUUCCUGGUGAACCACGUGAAGGACAGCCUGCAGAGUGAGCUGGUGGGGCAGCUGUACAAGUCAGGCUUGCUGGACGACCUGCUGACUGAGUCUGAGGACAUGGCCCAGAGACGCAACGAGGCUGCGGACAUGCUGAAGGCCCUGCAGAAAGCCAGCCACGUGAUCGGCGAAAUAAGAGAGACGCACCUGUGGUGAAGCGCCCCAGCCCCGCCCCCCCCUUCAGCCUAUCAAGGCCCCGCGCAUCCUAUCAAGCCCCACCCCCUCCCAUCCCCCCCCCCUCCCCUCUUCCAAAGAGAGCCCAUCCGAGAUGUGGAACAGACUUGAAAAUUGCACUGUCGUGAUUGGUUUGCGUGCCUGAUGUUACUUCACGUACUGUACAUAGACCGUAGCACGUUAGCACUUAUAGCACGGAGCACGCCUAGCUCACAGUGUGUUCUGUAGCACCUUAGCGGAGGGAGAACCCGCACGGCUUAUUCACGUAAAUAUCUGUACAUAGGUAGGAGGCUCGCCAGCUCCCCCCGGGCCUCGUAAAUGUAAACGUGUCACCGCUUCUGUUAAACGGCUCCAGUCUGUCACACUGGAGGGCCAGGGAAUAAAGGUUUUG